AAAUAUUGGUGCUAACGAAAUAAUCCGCAGGAUUCAAAUUAAAAGUUUAUACAUUUUUUGAGGAAUAAAUAAUCGUGAUUGCGUCAUUUUAAACAAUACUUACUGGUUAUACUUGUGUGUCAAAGUUAUGAAAUUGAGUCUCGAAGGUACCGCAAAGAACAAAGAAAACAACGAAAGAACCGUCUGAAAAGAACGACUGAUUUCCCGCGUUAACAAAAUGGCGCAGGUUGCGGCGUAACUCAAACGGCUCGGACGUUGCUGUUGUUCCGUGGUCCGGUUGAUCUGUUCGUUUCCCUGAGUGGCACCACUAAAAUAAACGCAAAAUAGACGAUGGCGAGUGAAAAUUCGUUGUCGAUAUUGACGAGUUCGCAGGAAGACAACUUAAUUUCAGUCCUUCCCCCUGAAAUAGAUCUACACGACUUGAACGACCUCGAUUUUGAUCACACUGAUAUUGUUGAAGAGAAGUUUGAUAUCAAUCAGUAUCAAGAGGCGCUACUGCACCACGAUGACCUAUCCACACGAACAGUAACGCAGGCACAGAUGCCAGCAAACCAGGAGUUUCCUGGCGAAUUCAACUUCGAAUUAUUGCCGAACCAACAGGAUGGAAGCAAGUCUUGGGUGUACUCUGCAAAACUGCAAAAAGUUUUUAUCGAGAUGGAAAAAACUCUGCCUUUAUGGAUCAAAUGGUCACCACCACACGGCCAGCUAUAUGUAAGGGCUGGGAUGGCAUUUUGUGAGCCCACUCACCGCUCAGAUCCAGUCACAAGAUGCCACAACCAUGUGGCCCUGGCUAAUAAAGACAUUCCAUACCUGCAGCAUGUGCUUUCAUGUAAACACAAUGCUGCCCAAUAUUUUCAAUCACGUACGGGCCAUUUCUCGGUCCUCGUACCACUUGGAUCUCCUGAGCCCGGCACUGAUUCCGUUCAAAUGGAUUUCACUUUUCAUUGCAAAAACAGCUGCAGUACAGGCAUAAAUAGAAAACCUACCGAAGUAAUUUUCACUUUGGAGACGGAUAGAGCAGAGGUGUUGGGGCGCCGCAAACUGCUUGUGCGAAUUUGCAGUUGCCCAAAACGAGACAGGGGAAAAGAGGAGAAAGAACUGUGGGAAUCUUCAAGUGGUAAAAAAAGAAAAAUUAUGAUUGGAAAAAAAAAUAUACCGCUACCUGUAGAACAGCAGCACGAAACCGACUCUGAAAUUUUCCCGCUCAACGUUAAAAUCUAUGGCCGCAACAACUACGAAACAGUAAAAAAAGUUGCGUCAAGUGUCAUGGCUCAGAGUCUUGUCGACGGAGGGCCACCAGCGGUAAUACAACCUUUAAUCGAACACAUUAAGUGUCUACCGUAGUAUGCAUUGGUAUGAUGCAAAAUUUAUCAUUAUUGUCAUAUUGUUUGUUUUAAUUUUGUGAAAAAAAAACAAAAAAAAAACUUCAUCUUCAUCCCAGAAAUACUGCCCGUAAACGAAAACAAAACAACAAUUUUUUUCACGUUCUUCGCUAAUUGCAUUCAAACUAACAAUAAGGAAAUCAAUUCCUUACAGCACGUAUGUAACAUGAUUCUAUGAUAACGCAUAAGGGGCAUUAUUUUUUAAAUCGGACAAGACUUUAGGUGGAAUUUCCAGUAUCUUUCG